GGUCUGUAGAAAGGAGAAGCCGUUUCCGCCUGCCACCUCAACUCUCCUUCUCUCCUUCCUUACACUCUCUCUCUCUCUCUCUCUCUCCCCUGCUGAAAUCUAGGGCACAAAAUCUUGGCUUUCGACCAUGAAUGUCUUCAGAUUGACUGGCGACAUGACUCACUUGGCCAGUAUUCUGGUCCUCCUCCUCAAAAUCUAUGCUACAAAAUCUUGCUCAGGGAUUUCGCUUAAGACUCAGGAGCUCUAUGCGCUGGUGUUUCUGGCUCGAUACCUGAACCUGUUUACGGACUUUAUUUCGGUGUAUAACACUGUGAUGAAGCUUGUGUUUAUUGGAAGCUCUCUUGCCAUUGUUUGGUGUAUGCGGAUGCACAAAAUGGUGAAGCGUUCUUACGAUCAAGAGCUCGAUACAUUCCGCCAUUAUUUUCUUAUAGCAGGCUGCUUUUUGCUCGCCCUGCUUGUCAAUGAGAAGUUCAUGUUUCCAGAGGGUAUGAUUGUAAUGGUGAAUUGGAACUACUUUCAGGUCCUCUGGGCUUUUUCGAUAUACUUGGAGGCGGUUUCUAUUAUUCCGCAGUUAGUUUUGCUACAACGAAGCGGAAAUGUGGACAAUUUGACAGGGCAAUAUGUGUUCCUUCUUGGGGCCUAUCAUGCAUUGUACAUUCUCAACUGGAUCUACCGCUACUUCACAGAGCCACACUUCAGUCGAUGGAUUGCUUGUGUCGCCGGUCUGGUUCAGACAGCUUUAUAUGCAGAUUUUUUCUACUACUACUUUCUCAGCUGGAAAAACAAUGCGAAGCUUCAGCUGCCAUCGUAAGCCAAGGAAGCGCGUUUUCGUUCUUACAUCUGACUUUUAUACACUAUGGCUGAUAAGCCUACAUGCGGGAUAACUCUCUGCUGGAAGAAGUGCGUACAGGUUAAGUAGUUCCGAAUUAGGAUGGCAACCGACCCCAUUGCCAUAAACGGGUGAGUAGUCAGUCAAUUUUGGGUGGAGUUAUCCAUCUCAUAGGCAUUUGCAGGUCAGAUUAAUACCCCCGUUAGUUUUGAGAUAAUAAUAUCGAAAUCUCGUAUGGUCACCUUGUAAAGAUGUUGGAUCUUGGAAGGAUUAAUGGAACCCCAGGCAUAUGGUAUAACUCCUAUUUUUCCUUUCUUUUUGAUGGAUGUGUAUUUCACGUCUACCGUAUGUUUUUGUAAUAUUGCGUGAGAACAACUUACAUGGCAAGUGAUGCCAACGUGGCAACGUACUCGUGCUGUAUAAGUUUAUCUCAUAUGGACUGUCCGUAUGGGGCACUAAGAGUGUCUAAUCUAAGAGGUUCCUCAUGAUUGGGCCUAUAAGAGAUUAAACAAGGCCCAAUUAGAAAGAAAUAUCAAAUGUCAGGAGCUGAAACGAAGCGGAACAAGAAAAAUCAACAAACACGUCACACAUGGCGACGCACGAUUGACAUAGUCGUCGUAACUCGUCAUUGAAGGUUGUGCCGGGACGCUGACUGUGCCUGCGCCACGACAAAUACGAUAACGCGGCGGCUAAGUCGCAAUUGUGUGUGAGAUUUUUCAGGGCGUCGCCUUCCCCUUCCCUCCUUCUACUUAUCCAUUUGCAUCUCUCCCUCCCUCCCUCCC